GUCGAAGGGGAGCCGGAAGUUGCCUUCCUGCCACAGCCUGCCCGGCCUCUGCUCGCGCUAGGGAUCGCGGGGCGAAGGUGGCACCAUGGCUUUGGGGCCACAAUCUGGACUGGCUUUUCUGUGGGCUGCAGCGGAAACUUUGGCACCGCUGCCAUCAAAGGCUGUUGUGUCCUUCAAAGAUGUGGCUGUGUAUUUCACGGAGGAGGAAUGGGCCCUGCUGGAUCGGAACCAAAGGAUCUUGUACAGGGAAGUUAUGCUGGAGACAUAUGGGAUCGUGACCUCACUUGAAUUUCCCAAACCUGAGAUCCAAUCCUGGAUGGAAGAAGGAGAAGAUCUACUUGUCCAACAGGACAAGGAAGGAGAAAGAUCAGCAGGAAUCUGUUCAGGUUUGGUGAUGGAAGAUUCCCCUGCUGAAGAGCUGUGCUACACCUCAUCAAGAAUUGUCAAAGAUGAAGAGCAGGAAGAGAUCGCUGGUGAUCUCAAGGGAUCACUGGGACAAGAAGGGCAAAAAGCAGAAACGUUGAGGAAUCUGUCUAUCUUCCGGACAGAAGAUAGUUGUCAAAAACGAAUUCAGAAAGAAGACGAAAAAAAUAAAAAAACUUCAGGUAGUAGGGCAUUAAUCCCUAAGUUCAAACUUGAAUUGCACCACAGAAGUUAUACAGGGGAGAAACUCUAUCAACGUUCUGGAGGGACAAAGAGUUCAAACCUUCUUUUGCAUCAAAAAAUCCAUCCAAGUGAGAAAUCAGAUAAUUGCUCGGAGCACGGGAAGAACUUCCUUCAGAUAGGUGAUCUUUUGCCAUGUCAAAGAAUUUACGGAGAACAUAAAUUAUUUCAGUGCUCGGAGUGUGGAAUUCAAUUCAACCAGAGCGCCUCUCUGACCCCACAUCAGCGAUUACACACGGAAGGAAGACCCUACCGAUGCUUGGAGUGUGGAACGAGUUUCGGUCAGAACACGUCCCUUCACACUCGGGAAAAACUGUACAAAUGCGCUGAGUGCGGGAAGAGCUUUAGCCACCCCGCGCUCUUGAGUCGGCAUACAAAAAUCCACUUGGGAAAGAAGCCAUACCUAUGCUUGGAGUGUCCCAAGACGUUCAACACGAACGCCGGUUUGGUUUCUCACAAGAGAAUUCACACGGGGGAAAAACCGUAUGCGUGUUUGGAGUGUGGGAAAUGCUUCCGGCAGAGAACACACCUGACGACCCACCGAAGGACCCACACCGGGGAGAAGCCGUACAAAUGCUUCGAGUGCGGAAGGAGCUUCAGUCAGAGCUCGCACCUUACUUUGCACCGACGCACUCACACGGGAGAGAAACCAUACCAGUGCUUUAUGUGCGAGAAGACGUUCAGCAACAGGACCUACCUUAAUUGUCAUGAAAGGACCCACACGGGAGAGAAACCUUACAAAUGCCUGGAGUGUGGAAGGAACUUCAGUCAGAGCAGCAGUCUUAGGGUCCAUAAAAAGAUUCACCGAGGGGGGUGAAACCGUACGCGUGCUUUGGAUGCCAAAAGAGCUAUAUGUGUAAGAAAAGAAACAACUUCUCAGAGAAUCCACAGAGAGAGAAACUUUAUCAUAGAGUAGACUAGACUAGACUAGACUAGAAUAGACUAG